AUGGUCCAGUAUCACCAUACCAGCUUCCAGAUAAGCUUGAGUCAGAUAUUGGAACCUUGUAUACCAUAUUUUGGUAUCCGUUUCCCCAGUAAUUUUAAUGAUCCUUCCACUACUGUAGUACCGCCAAAACAUAUUGGUGGUAAUAAGGUUACCGCAUUGACUGCCAGCAAAGUACAAGUUGUGGGAAUUACGAACAAGGAAGCUUGGAUGUCCAAAUCUUCUGAUAUUGCAGCUGACAUUCAUAUUAAUUGGGUAUAUCGUUUCUUAACGAAGAGGGAUUAA